AUGAGUAAAUUAAGAGCGGAUAUAACAUGGAAACAUCAUAUAAAUUCUGAUUCUUCAAUUUUAACUUCAUUAAGUAUUAUUAUAACUUGUAAUGAAGAGGAAAAUAAUAAUGAAAAAGAAGUUGAAGAAAAUCUAGUAAUUAUUAAAGAAGAAGAAGAAGAAGAAGAAGAUUUAGAAAAAAAAUUUAAUAAUUAUUUGCAAGGAUGGUCAGAAAUGUUAGAAGAAGAAACUUAUGAAUUUGAAGAAAAUGAAAAUGAAAAUGAUAUAAUGCAUAUAACAGUUGAUGAUAUUCUUCAUCCUGCAAUUGAUCCUAAUGCUAAAUGGAAUUUGAAUUCAUUUUUUAAAGAAUUAGAAUUUCUUUUUUAA